AAUACAUAAAAUAUGAAACAAAAAUCCCCAUCCCAAUCAUCCUCUUUUGUGGCAUCGUCGACCCUACCAUCACCGGGUUGUUAUCGCUGUCUCACCAUGCCUCAGCAGACUCCAGUGGGUUUUUAAUGGCGAGCGCUAGCUAGCUAAAUGACCCCUUUUCCUCUCUGUCUGCCUUGGCUGGAGCUCAGCGGCCAGCUAGCAAGCCUCCGCCGGGAAGGACCAUCGUUGAUCAACAUUUUUCGAGGAGGUAAUCCCGGUAUGGGGGACAUGAAGACCCCAGAUUUUGAUGACCUGUUGGCAGCAUUUGACAUUCCUGACAUAGAUGCCAAAGAGGCCAUCCAGUCUGCCCCAGAUGAGGCAGAGGGACCCCAUGGAGCUGCAGGUGCACCUCUGGGAAAGUCAGAUAGCGGGGUGGGCGUUGGGUCAUCCUUGAGACCGCCGAGCCCUGCAGACCCCCAGGCGGACACCCCAAUUGUUAGUGUUAUUGUGAAAAAUAAAGUACGCCUUGAGAACGCAGAUGGAGGAGAGGGAGACACAGACCAGGACCCUAUUGAUGUGAUCGCAGGGGUGGAUAUGGGUCCCAGUGCGUGUGCCCCUGGGUUGGCUGAAUCUGAGGCCCUCAACCACAACGGUUUUGGGACGUCUGCUGUUUCCACGCCCCUUCCCCUCAGCCAAACCCAGUCUAACGGAGCGCCCUGGUCCAUUAACACCCCUAAAGUAUCUUCAGAAGGAGCAGGCGCUGGUGCAGGCAAGUCACAUAAGCAGGGCGGUAACAUUUUCAACAGACUUAAACCGCUUGUGGCACAGGGGUCUGGAGAUCCAGUCGGCCGGGCUCGUAAGAUGCAGCUCCUCCAGCAGCAACACCAGCAGCAGCAGGAUACAGGCCAAGAGAGGGCAGAUGGUGUCAAAGCAUCAUUACCUUCAUCCUCCUCUCUGUCAGCAGGAUCGUCUCCUCUGGCUGCAGGGGGGGCCGUCGGACUAUCCUCGCCUUUCUUUCCCCCCUCCAAGCCCCUGCUUCCCAUUCCACCCUCUGCCCUAUCAUCACACCCUUUGCACUCAUCUCAGCCUUUUAACGGAGCACCCAAAGUGGGCCCUGCUGGAUUUCUGCACCAGCAGAUGGAGGAGGAUGAUGAUUCUGACCCUGAUCUGGGGAGUCCACUGGUGAUCCAAGAGAGCCCCGACUCCCCGACUUGCACUCAGCUGAGCCGGCGCUACAAGUCUGACUCUGCCUCGACACAGCCCACAUCCUCUGCUGCAUCUCAGCCUAAACCUGGAGACACUCCUUCAGGGGCGUCUCUGACAUCAUCAACACCCCAGUCUGGCUCCACAGAGAGUCCUCAGCUGGAGGACAGGCAUCCCGAACACGUAAUAGAAGAGAGAGACUCGCCAGAGAGUCCUGAACCGGAGAUGCCAAAAUCUACUGCUCAAGUGGCAAACAAAAGGUGCUCCAGCCCUGCGGUGGCCUCCACUCCGCCUCCUCCUGAACUCCGGGAGCCCAAAGAGGAGGAGGAAGAGAUGGAAGUGGGGAAUAAAAUAGAGAAGGCUGCUGAUGGCAAAGGGGACAAGGGAGAAAAUGGAAGAACAAGUGAGGAGAAGAUGGAUGUGGAUGAUGGCAAGUCUAAACCUCUGUCCAGUGAUGGAGGAAAGGCAGCUGCUGCACCUGCUGCUGCUGCUGGAGCUCCAGCCCGACCCCUUAAAGUCAGAAUAAAAACAAUUAAGACUUCCACAGGUGGAAUCACCCGAACUGUCACAAGAGUAGCAGCUAAAGGUGGCGCUGCGGGAAAAGGUCUGGACCCAAAAACUGGGGAACGUAAGGUGGUAGGAAACAAGGCGCAAAAACUUGACUCCCCAGGUCACAUGACAACUAAUUCCCAGAAAGUAACUGCUCUCAAUGCUCUACCUGUGUCUACACUAGCAGCCAGCAGCGUCAUGCUAGCUGCUGCCACCAAGGUCCAAAACAAAAUGGCUGCAUCUGACAAGGCCAAGGUUUCUGCCACCGCUGUGAGCAUCACUAAAUCUGCUGCCCUGCCUGCGACCCCAGCUGUGGCCUCCUCUCCAAAGUUCUCAGUGGCUGCAGGUGGGAUCAGUGUACGUACAUCCACUAAUAAGACGGCUAACGGAGGCAGUGGCACUAUCAUUGGUGGCACCCUCCAGCCAAACAAACCAGCCUCCAUUGUCAACAGCACAGGAGCCGUCAUCUCCCGCAGUCAGUCGAGCCUGGUGGAGGCUUUCAACAAAAUCCUGAACAGUAAGAACCUUUUGCCGAGCUACAAGCCGGACCUCUCAGCCCCUCCACCACCUGAGUGGGGUCUCCCGCUCCCAGCCACAGGGUACCGCUGCCUGGAGUGUGGAGACGCUUUCGCCCUGGAGCGCAGCCUGGCUCGGCACUAUGACAGGAGAUCUCUCCGCAUCGAGGUGACCUGCAACCAUUGUGCGAAGAGGCUGGCCUUCUUCAACAAGUGCAGCCUGCUGCUGCAUGCCAGGGAGCACAAGGAGCGUGGGCUGGUCAUGCAGUGCUCACACCUGGUGAUGAGGCCGGUCACUGUCGAGCAGAUGAUUGGACAGCAGGACAUAACACCCAUUGGUGGCCUGCUCUCCUCUUCGUCCUCCUCUCCUCCAGUCUCCUCUUCUUCUGCCACCGCCUCUGCCAACUCCAGCCCCCUGAAGGACGCUUCCUCUCCGGCAGCAGCUCAGCCUCGAACGGUCCGCCGCGCACCUCAAGGCCCCCAGGCCCUGAUGCCCCUGCCCUGCAAGAAGGCAGAGGGGCUGCAGUAUAACAGCUUCAAAUGUCCUGAGUGCCAAACACAGUUCUCUGGCAAGGCGGAGCUGGUCACUCACUUCCAGCAGAUCAGAGCUGCUCCCAACUCAACAUGUACGCAGUGCUCGCCCCCGAUGAUGCUGCCUAACUCGUGUGCAGUGUCGGCCCACCAGAGGAUCCAUAAACACCGAGCACCUCAUGUCUGUCCUGAGUGUGGGGGGACCGCCCGGCAGGCCAGCUUCCAGACUCAUCUGGAGGAGGCCUGCCUGCACUUCGCCAGGCGCAUCGGAUACAGGUGCUCGAGCUGCCAGGUUGUGUUCGGAGGGUUGAACUCCAUCAAGUCCCACAUCCAGACCGCUCACUGCGAGGUCUUUCACAAGUGCCCCAGCUGCCCCAUGGCCUUCAAGUCUGCACCCAGCGCCCAGAGCCACAUCAGCACCCAGCACCCAACGCUCACUGGGGGACAGGCCAAAAUGAUCUACAAGUGUGUGAUGUGUGAUACGGUUUUUACCCAGAAACCCCUGCUGUACAUGCACUUUGACACUCACUUAGCCAAGCAAAAAGUGCAUGUGUUCAAGUGCCCUGACUGCACCAAGCUCUACGCCCAGAAAGGAUCCAUGAUGGAGCAUAUUAAGACGGCUCACAGAGGCCCAUCAGCCAAACAGACGGAGUCUCAGUCCGACGCCUCGGCCCCCCCCUCGGCCCCCGCCAACACGUCCGCCUCCUCUGGCCUCAAAUCCAAAUCGUCUGGAAAACCGGACAACUCAGACGGAGAGGACUGGGGUCGGGACCAGGAGGAGGAAGAGGAGGAGGAAGAUGAUGAAGAUGACGAUGCUGACGAUGACUUUGAGGCUCCAGGCGGUAACCCGACCGCCCCGGGGGGCAGCAGUCAGCCCCCCGCCCCAACUGAGUGGACCUGCCCUCAGUGUCAGACCACCUUCACUGACAACGACGACUAUCUGAGUCACGUGAAGACGGAGCAUGGCAAGUUCCCUUGUCGUAUUUGUGGGGGCACGUUCAGCACGUCUUCCAGCCUGAGACGUCACGAGCGAGUCAUUCAUGAGGGCAACAAGAGAGUCUUCCAUUGCCAAUAUUGCACAGAAGGGAAACGCACCUUUGGUAGUCGGUUCCUACUGGACAAGCAUAUCCGGCUCCAUCACAGAUCCACAGACGGACAGGAAAGACCCAUGACCAGGAAGCGAGCAGCGACAGGGGGGGAGGGGCCCGGCAGCUCCUCGGAGCAGGACGGGGAGGGGGGGCCACCUGGAGCCCGGGGGGGAGACGAGGAAGAGAACACAGAGGAGGGUGAGGAGGCUCCUUCAGGUCCCCCAGCUCCUGCCAAGAGGACCCGGCAGUCCGCUGCAUCGACAUCGCUGGCCCCCAACGAGCUGGAGGAGGAAGACAACGUUUUCCGCUGCGUCCCCUGCGGCUUCUCCAGCGAGGACGGGCCGGAGUUCCAGCGCCACAUCCCCCAGCACCGCGCCGACACCGCCUCCUUCCAGUGCCUGCAGUGCGGCGUCUGCUUCGCCUCGGCGGGCUCCCUCAGCAGGCACCGCUUCAUCGCUCACCGCGUGCGGGACAACCAGGGCGACGCAGACCGCGGCCCCCCCCGCACUCACGGCUCCCCCGACGGCUCGCCCGACGGCUCCCCUCAGGCGCAGGGCGAGGACGGAGAUGGGAACAUGUGCUGUAAGGUGUGCGGCCGGCGGUUCGACAAGGCCUCGGACCUCAACACCCACUUCAGGACCCACGGCAUGGCCUUCCUCACCGCACACAAGACAGACAAGCCCCAGUAGAGGAGGGGAUGGGGGGGCGGCUCUGAGAUCAUCUACGAGGAGUCGACAGGAUGUAGAAUAUGAAUGUUAAUCCUGAGAAGAAACAGCUGCUUCCUGUGCAGUUUUUUUUUAGCCACAUGAACAGUUUUACUCGGCACCUCUUCUGUGCGAAUGUAACUGCAUGUUUGAUCAUGUGACUGAACACACACCAGUGAUAGACUCCUAAGUGGAAAGGCUCUCAAACGGCCCAGAGGAAAGCCUUUAUAUAUCAGCCAUACUGUGUUCAAUACGUUGUGUCCUUCCAUUUCACUCUGCACUGACUGUAGCCACUUGCCUGUUUUUCCAUGUAACACUAAUAUACAUACGCCCCCCACCCCAUCCCGACAGCUGUAGUGCCGAUAUUUUUGUACCUGACAUUGUUUGUGAUUUUAUACGUUUGUCCAUGUUCAUUAUUUCCAGCAUGAGAUCAUUUUUAUUGUUUAAAACUGAUCUCGAGACGCAUGAAAAGGGGGGUGUUUGAAGAAUUUAACACAGAUUUUUAUGUUGCUAUAAUAUUUAUUUAUACGAAACACAUUACUGCUAUUGAUAUUUCUGUGAGUCGGACAUGUUGAGAUUUACGAAGGAAGUCAUUAGAGAUGGGGUUACUGGAGGUCUGUAAGCUGUGUAGUGUGAAUAAUGUGCGUUUAUCGUUAAGCUAGAAGAAGAGCGGUCAGGCCAGUAGAAUAUGUGUACGUUUAGCCCUGUAAAUACAUAUUACACUAAAAGAAAGCAUUCUGGUUUUAGUAACUUGCUUUGAUAAUGUGAAUACGUAUAGUAUUUGUACUGUUCCCUUUCUUUAAAAAAAAGUUUAAAAUAAUUCCCCCCCAGAGGUAGCUAUACAUUGUAAUUACAAAGCGGAGGGAGGGCGCGGGGGUUGUGUUGUCUUAAUGUGUAUGAAUACAAACGUUUAUCUCUUGGGACAGUUCUUUUUUAUCGACAGAAUCAGUGCUUGCUGUACUCACUAUUUAUUUUACAUGUUUUUAAAAGCAGCCUUCAUGGUCAUGUGACGGAGGCCUUCUUUUGUUUCUAUCUUUUAUAUGUCAUAUCAUAUUUAUAUAGCUCAAUAGUGGAACAUCUUAUGUUUUUUUCUUUUCCAUGGUUGUGGUCUGCUUGCCAUACACUUUGUGCUGUUUCGAAAAUAAAUGUGUAAAAGAGA